UUAUUGUUCGGUUGAAAAAAGUUUUUCUCUUUUUAUAGAGGAAAAGUUGUCAUCCGUUUUGACUUUUAAUGAAGACUUUGAAGAAGUAUAUCAAAUUGACUACGGCUUGUGUCUCGGUAAGGGCCCUUUUUCCCAAGUAUACGGAUGCUAUCAACUGUCUUCCAGAGUUUUAUACGCAGUAAAGAUUAUUGAAACGAGUUUAAUUCCGUUUAAAGACUUUUUAGAAGAAAUUAAAAUCCAUUUUAUAUGCAGCUUUCACCCUUGCGUUCUAACUUUAAAGCAAGAGGGUGAUCUGUUCGAAAGACUUUCUAAAGAACUUGUUUUAAGCGAGGCUGUGACUAAGAAGAUUGUUUUGCAAAUUUUGGACGUGCUUUUAUUUAUGCACCGAAAUGGAUUAAUUUAUCGGGAUCUUAAAAUUGAGAACAUUCUAUGCGAUGGAAAUGAUGCAGUUCGGCUGACUGACUUUGGCUUUUCAGGCAUGGCUAGUUCCUCAAAGGAGUUUUGGCUUCCUUGUUACAGUCGGUAUUACGCAGCACCUGAAAUAGUUUCGAUGAAACGCUACUCUUUUCCAGUAGAUCUAUGGGCUUUGGGGACGAUGACUUUUAUACUUCUUUUGGGCUAUGCUCCUUUUGGCAACGACCUGAAUGCUCGCUGUAUUUUUUCACUGGAGCUAGACGAAGAAGAAAGCGCAAAGAUCUCUGCCGCUGCUAAAGAUUUCAUAGAAAAACUGAUGCGCAUGAGCCCCGUGGAACGAAUGGGCCUCGAUAAAGCUUGCAGUCAUCACUGGCUUGCCAAGGAAAGCUACUCAUACUAUACAGGGCUUUCCCAAGAGGAAGUGACCGUUUUAAGAACUCUGUUAAAUGAAUAUAUGAAGAAAUUUUAAAGAGAUUAUGAGCACUACGUAUUACAAUCGCAGUGACUCUUAUGAUAGAGAGACUGUAAAGUUUCGCAUACUAUCAAGGUGGCUAAAUAGUUGUUCUGCGGCACUUUUAAUCCAAACUCUAAUGUUUAAGAGGAAUAGUAUACUUACU